ACAGCUGGGUCGAGCGGCGAUGGCUCACAAGCGUCUCCCCCAGACCUGAGCAAUGAGCUCGCAACGCUAAAUAAUAAACUCAUCGAUGCCAUAAAUCACCAAGCAAAGCUCGAUGAUACGCUGGCAGCAACACGAGCGGACUUGGAUGCCGCAAGGAAAAAGAUUCAUAGCCUAGAAGCCCAAGGGCAGAAUUAUUCUGAUAUGAUCGCGAAAGGAGUUCUCGUCAAGAAAGCUGAUACUGAAGGCGAGAGGUUGAGGCUCCUGGCAAAGCUCGAAGAGGAAAUCAGAAUGAAGGAUGCAGCGGAGAAAGGAAGAAAGGGUAUUGAGCAAGAGCUAGAAUCUUUGACCGCUGCUCUAUUCGAAGAGGCAAACAAGAUGGUGGCUGCUGCUCGAAAGGACAGAGAAGCUGCAGAGCGAAAGAAUGAGCAGUUGAGGUCUCAGAUCAAGGACAUGGAGGUUCUUCUUGCAUCUCAUCAAGAGCAACUUGCGGAGCUCAAGACUGUCAUGCAGCAGAUGAGCUCGGACAGAGAUGAGACGGAAACAACGGCGAACGCUUCGACAGCGCCGUCGACGCCGGCCUUAGGAAACCAAGAUGGUUUUGGAAAGAAUUUUGAAUCUCUCGGGCUCGCGCCAAAUCACUCCGCCAUGGAAGAUGUGCCUGCUCAACCCUUGAGCUUUCCCCACCUUUUGCAUCCAGUCCUUCGUACAGAUCUGCAGGCUUAUGAUGACUUCCAUGCCCUUCUUCAAAUUUCAAAAACUGCGCCUCCUAGUCGCGCGUCAAGUGGUUCCUACGGCAGCUUAAAUGUUAUGGGGCUUCGGAAUCUGGCAGCUCAAGCCUCUUCUACUUCCUCUGCAGGAAACAAUCCAAAUUCACCCUCGGCAACGCCAUCCUCUGAUGGACCUCUUCAGCUUGUUUCUUUAAAAGAGACGCCCUUCUACAAACGGGCGUUAGUAGAAGAUGUGGAGCCCACUUUACGACUUGAGACCGCACCCGGCUUAUCGUGGUUAGCACGCAGAACUGUCGUAAAUUCCAUGACGGAUGGCAGUUUGGUUGUUGAGCCAAUCCCAUCUGCUGCAAAACGCUAUCCGUUCACAUGUGCAUUAUGCGGCGAGAGCAGAAAAGGUGACGAAUAUGCCAGAACACAUCGAUUCCGGGUCAGCGAAAAUGAGAGUGCCCAACGCUAUCCACUGUGCACUUUCUGCCUAGCACGUGUACGGGUGACUUGUGAUUUCGUUGGCUUCCUAAGGAUGGUCAGAGAUGGCCAUUGGAGAGCGGUGGGUGAAGAAGGUGAGAAGGCUGCCUGGGAAGAAUGUGUGAGGCUUCGGGAGCGCAUGUUCUGGACACGCAUUGGUGGCGGAGUGGUUCCUGCCUUUGUUCAGGUU